AUGUCCUUACCUUUGAUACUGAGGGUCGUGCUGUUGACUUUGAGGGGUGUUCUCCCUCCCCCCUCUUGCCCUCUGUUGCUUCUGCUGCUGCGGCCAACCUUGUUGGCUUCGAGUCGGUCGGCGCUGCGUCUGCCCCUAGCGGGAGACGCCGCACGAGCAAGGGCAAAGGUGGCAAGGGCGUUGGAGGGGCUGGCGGGGGCGGUGGAGGUGGUGGUGGAGGCAGUGGAGGGGGUGGGGGUGGUGGUGGGAGUGGUGGCAGGGGUGAAGGUAUCGGCGGCAGCAGUGGAGGCGGAGGAGGCGGCGGUGGUGGCGGAGGGAGCGGAGGCGGCGGAGGUGGCGGAGGCGGCGGAGGCACUGGUGGAGCUGGUCGCGGCUCUGCGCAGAGGAGUGGCUCCGGUGGUGGUCCGCGCCAGCAGCAGCGGCGCGGUCGUGAGACCCUGUCCCCUCAGCAGCUUCGUGAGUGGUACGCUGGGCGUCAGCGGGUUCCCUGACGCCACUGAGAUCCCUCGCUGGGGAGAGCUGUCUAGGGCGGGGGUUGCUAUCUUUGAUCUUGACUAUGAUGCUAUUCUUGCUGCCAUGUAUGCUGUGUCUGCUAGUGAUCAGGGUGACUGUUACCUGUGUGUUCCGCCUGACCCGGGCAUUGAGGCUGCUGCUCUAGGUGCUAGUGAGACUGCUGCUCCAGGUGCUAGUACGUUUGCUGCCCCAGGUGCUGGUGAGUCUGCUCUCUUAGGUCUCUACCUCCCCUCGUUGUCUACGAACUUGACUCUCCUUUGGCACCACCACCUUGGUCACCCCUCCCUGCCUCGUCUCCGAGGCAUGGCCUCCCGUGUCCUUGUCUCUGGUCUCCCCCGGUCCCUCCCUCCCCUACCUCCGGGGCCUGCCCCUACCUGCGGUCAUGAGCGUUACUUCCUGCUGGUGGUUGACGACUGCUCGCGUUACACCACGGUAUUCCCCUUGCGCAGCAACGUCACUGAGGUGUUGAUCGACUGGAUCCGCGGUGCUCGUCUCCGGCUCAGAGAGAGUUUCGGCUCGGACUUUCCUGUUCUGCAUCUGCACUCUGACAGAGGCGGAGAGUUUUCCUCUGCCCGUCUAGGAGCCUUCUAUCGUGCACAGGGCAUCCGCCACACCUUCACGCUUCCGGCCUCUCCACAGCAAAAUGGGAUUGCUGAGCGCCGCAUUGGCAUGGUCAUGGACGUCGCUCGUACGUCCAUGAUCCAUGCGGCUGCUCCCCAUUUUCUGUGGCCGUUUGCGGUUCAGUACACGUCGCAUCAGCUCAACCUUCAGCCCCGGGUCUCCUUGCCAGAGACCUCCCCCACCUUGCGGUGGACGGGGAAGGUUGGCGAUGCGUCUGCGUUUCGGGUCUGGGGAUCUCGGGCGUUUGUCUGCGACUUGUCUGCGGACAAGCUGCCCCCCCGUGCUGUUCCCUGCGUCUUCCUUGGCUUCCCCCCUGACGCGCCUGGUUGGCAGUUCUACCACCCCACCUCGCGCCGUGUCCUUUCCUCCCAGGACGUCACCUUUGAUGAGUCGGUGCCUUACUACCGUCUCUUCCCCAACCGCACUGCGCCCCUCCCCCCGCCGCCGCUCUUCCUUGCGCCAGACGGAGUUGAGCCUGUCGAGGUAGCUGUUGACUCUGGUGCUGCUAGGGGCGCUGUGCCUGCGGGUGCCGGGUCUAGGGGAGCGGAGCCUGGGGGUGCUGAGUCUCGGGGUGCUGAGCCUGGGGGUGCUGAGCCUGGGGGUACUGCGUCUGGGAAAACUGAGCCUGGGGGUGCUGAGCCUGGUGGUGCGGAGCUUGGGGGUGCUAAGCCUGGGGGUGCGGAGCCUGGGGGUGCUGAGCCUGGGGGUGCGGAGCCUGGGGUUGCUGGGUCUACUCGUGUGGCCUCUAGCGGUACUACUGUUGCUACUGGACCUGGAGGUGCUCGUCCUGGCGGUUCUGGAGCUGUUGAGACAGGGAGUCCUGCUGGAGGUGCUGCUGGAGCCACUGGAGCUGGAGCUGCUGGGGGUGUUGGCGCUGGUGGUUCUGCUGACGCUGGUGCUUCUGAGGGUACUGGAGUUGGCGCUGGUGCUUCUGAGGGUGCUGGAGUUGGCGCUGUUAGAGCUGGAGGUACUGCUGGUGCUGGUGCUGCCACUUGGGGUACUCGUGCUGUCCCUGCUGGUUCUGGAGGCGAUGCGCGGCCGAGGCCAUACUUCGUUCCGCUCCUUGAGCAGGUUCUUGGUCACCCGCCCUCUACUGGUCCUACUCCUCCCUUAGCGUGUCCACAACCUGUCCAGUCACGGUCACAGUUACAGCCCGCCCCCCCCCUGCCUGCUCCUUCUCCCUACACUGGUCCUACUGGAGGUCUUGCUGAGCGUCGUGAGCUUGCGUCUCGUCCUGCGUCUCCUGUUCGUGUUGCUUGCACUAGUGGUCAUGCUCCGCGUCCGCGUCCUCCUGCGGUCCCCGGCACACACCAGAUGGCACUGCGUCCUUCCACUACUCCUCUGCGUGUCCCGUUGCCGUCUCCUCCAGAGUCCUCUCUUCCUACUCUUGUUGACCCUGAGUCUGAAUCUCUUCAUGCUGCCAGCCCUACUGUCAUGCGUCUCCUGGCUACUGUUGUCACUGACCCUUCUUUUGAGUCCACUGCUGCGUCUGCCUUAGUUGCUGAGCUUGUCGACUUUGCUGCUCGCUGUCGUCUAGACUACGCUGCUAGUCUUGUUGCUGAGUCUGAGUCUGUCUAUCCUCCGUCCGUCGGGUGUGAGUGUGCUCUUAGUACGGACGUCCUUGAGGACACACAGGAGGAGUUCCAGUGCUUUACUGCUGCUUUGCCUCAUCUCGUGUCCACACUAAUUGCCCCUGAGGGAGACCCAGAUGCACCAGACAUCCCGACUCCUCGAUCGUACGCUGAGGCGAUCGAGGGUCCCUACUCCUCAGAGUGGCAGUCAGCCAUGGACGCCGUGAAAAGGUAUGCUCCUUUAUACACUCCUUAG